CCGCGAUUGUACAGCUGCCUUGCGUAAAGUUCAGCGACCCUGUCAAACUCGCGUUCCACCUCGACAGACCGAUUCUUUGACACAUCAUGAAUAUCGUGGAAUGGGCCUUUGGAAAGCGUAUGACGCCGGCUGAGCGUCUGCGCAAGCACCAGCGUGCCCUUGAGAAAACGCAGCGAGAACUCGACCGUGAGCGUGUGAAGCUCGAGAACCAAGAAAAGAAGCUGGUGCAAGACAUCAAAAAAAGCGCGAAGAACGGCCAGACGGGAUCUCUGAGGAUACAGGCGAAGGAUUUGGUGAGAACGAGAAGAUACAUUCAGAAGUUCUACCAGAUGAGGACGCAGCUGCAGGCUAUCAGUCUUAGGAUACAGACCGUUCGAAGCAACGAACAAAUGAUGCAAUCUAUGAAGGGCGCCACGCAGCUGCUCGGCAGUAUGAACCGACAGAUGAAUCUGCCGGCGCUGCAACGCAUCGCGAUGGAGUUUGAAAGGGAGAACGACAUCAUGGAUCAGCGGCAAGAAAUGAUGGACGACGCAAUCGACGACGUGACAGGGCUUGAAGACGAGGAGGAGAGCGAGGAGGUGGUCAAUCAAGUGCUGGACGAGAUCGGAAUCGACCUUGGCUCUGCGCUUGGCGAGACGCCCUCGGGCCUUCAGAAGACGAGUGUACAGGAAGGCCGCAUAGCGCAGGCUGUAGGGGGUGGAGAUGCAGGCGACGAGGACCUGCGAGCAAGGUUCGAUAGUCUGAAGAAGGUCUGAACAGGGCACGUACUCGUGCUGUCAUGUUUGUCGAAGCUGCGGGCGCGUUGUGCUCGAGCCGUAACUGGUAUAUGCCCUCUUGCAGUUGUAGAGGUCCGUACGGCAAGCGAGUUGACAUGCUCUCGCUUGCGGGAUGGUAUAUAUCCUGAGCACAAUCAUGCUUCCGUACGAACGGGCACUUCAUUACAUAUAAAAGCGCUGUGCAGCAAACACAUAGCAGAUUAUAUAGCACUGGCUGGGGUUCGUCAGGCGCGGAUGAACGGGGGCCUAUUAGGAGGGGGCGUGCGGUGUUUGGGUUGGGAGCGAGGGGCCUCGGACGCCGAAGCGGGCGACUUGUCUGGAGAAUCGACGGCGUCGUACCCCGCGAAGCAGGGGACGGCUAAGCAGUAAUGCAACCCUUCAAUCAGCAGACUCACUGCGCACUUGGCGUUGAGGCGUCAUGCACGACGAGCGGCGUAAAGGAAGACGAAAUUCAGCGAGCC